GUCGGCCGUGGCACUACUCAGAGUCGCGCGGGCGGAGGUGUGCCCAGCUGCCCACGGUGCCCACUCGCGGUAGUGCCACAGCGCGCAGCCCUCUCCACGUAGCUGCUGUUCCCUUAAUCUCCAUCCAAAACGUAAAAAAAAAAUCAACAUAAAAAUUCCUUCAAAAUGACAAUAUUAGUGUUAUGAGAAUAGUGACUAAAACUAAAGUGAAUAGAUAAAUCAGUGAUCAAUGUCCUAGCCUCUACAGAGAAAGUUAGAAAAGAGUAAGCCCGUAUCCCUCAAACACACACACAGAGAGGACCUACCCGAAGGCGAGAAAAAAUACAGCCCUACUGCACCCCUUCCCUUCUCGUCCGCCUGCCGCCGCCAUGGGUCUCAUGGUGAAGGCCUCCUCUCUCCUGACGGUGCUUCUGGCCGUCAUAGCAUCUUCAGGAGCCGUCCAAAAGUCCUAUUUCUAUAACUUCGGUCAGGACGCAGGGGAUACGAGCCUCCCGCCUUUCGACGACAUUUCAUCUCCGGAAAUCAGCCUAAGAGUGCCAAUCAUCUUCUUUGAACAAGUCUACAAUUCCAUAUUCGUCAACAGCAAUGGAUUCGUCUCCUUCUUGACAGAAAUCCCUCAAUUCUUCAACAUUCAGUUUCCUCUCGAAUACCCCAUGAUCGCGCCUCUCUACUCCGAUGUGGACGCUCGCGAGGCCGGUGAUAUAUGGUACAGAGAAACUUCCGAUCCGACGACAGUGUCUCGAGCCACACGCGAACUUCGGGAGCAGUUUAGCAGCGCCAAGGAUUUCACUCCCACUGGCGUGUUCAUCGUGACGUGGGAUGGCGUCGGACCUUACAGUCAGCGCAAGGACAGGAUCAACACGUACCAGCUGGUGAUCGCCACAGAUGGCAGAGACUCAUACGUUAUGUUCCACUACGCCGAGGGUGGCAUCCAGUGGCUUCAGGGUGACGGCAAAAACCCCAGUAUGCCCGAUGCCAGGUGCCAAGCCGGCCUCAUCUCAGGGGAUGGCCGGUUCUCCACUCUCAGGGGCUCAGGCACCGAUCAAGUCAGGAAUCUGGACAAGUGGAGCAACAGCGGAACCCCCGGCGUGUGGAUGUUCCGCGUCGGGCAGCUCGCCCUCGACCAGACCGUGCUUCCCCCGGACCUCGGCGCUUCCGAAACGAGUGGCACUCAAGCGAAGGACGACCCCGGCUCCUGUGCCUUGGAUGGCUCUGUGUGCCACUCCCACUCCGAGUGCACUGACUACACUCCGGGCUUUUGUUGCAGCUGCGUCGACACCCACUUUGGCAACGGGAUCAACUGCCUCAAGAAGGACGAGCCUCUCCGCGUCACGGGCAAAGUCCUCGGCAAAAUCAACGGCGUGGAACUUAAGGACGCUGACCUCCACUCGUACGUGCUGACCGCUGAGGGCCGUACGUACACAGCCAUCUCCCGCGUGCCUUCGGAAAUCGGCUAUGAUAUCCAGAGUAUGACGGCCCUGGGUGUGGGCGUGGCAUGGCUCUUCGCGAAGUCUGUAGGGAAGGCGCCCAAUGGAUUCUCCGUCACAGGAGCCAAUUUCAACCGAACGACUGAUGUCAACUUCCCUCAGACAGGUCAUCACGUGGUAGUUCAGCAACAGUUCAUGGGUCUGGACGUCUUCAACAACAUCCAGGUCAAGACGAGCAUCACGGGGUCAAUUCCCACGGUUCCCCUGGGGUCCAAGAUCGAGAUGGAUGCUUUCAACGAGGAGUAUACUAGGGUGAAGCCAGGUCAGCUGCGAGCGAGGUCAAGCAGGGUCUUCCGGCUCAAGGGUCAGACGAUCGACACCCCCUUCAGCGUGGAAACCACCUUGGACUUCGACGAGUGUGAUUGGAAACCUCAGACGCCGGAAGACGAUGAGACAAUCAGACUGAAGGUGGCCGAGAAUAUCUUCAUUCAGUACGACGCGCCGGAACAGAUCGUUCGCUAUGCUCUCUCGGCCAAAGUUGCUCCGCUAGAUGAGCCCGACCCCUGCGCGGAAGGGCGGAGGGAGUGCGGCCAGAACAGCCAGUGUGUCGUCGAUGGGGAUAAUUACAGGUGUGUCUGCGAGAGAGGUUAUGAAGAAGUAUACGAUUCCACUAUCAACAAAGCCAUAUGUCUGGAUGUCAACGAGUGCAACACAGGCCGUGAUAACUGCCAUGCCGAUGCCUUCUGCGUCAAUAAUCCCGGGGGUUUCACUUGCUCCUGUAAAGAGGGAUUUAUCGGCGAUGGAGUCGACUGCCGCAGAGAAGCGAGCUGCGGCAGAAUUCCGUGCGACCCCAGCGCUGUGUGUGACUUGAGGGGACCCACGCCACGCUGCGUGUGUCGACCUGGUUACGUCGGCGAUGGAUUCGUGUGCACUCUGGAUCAAGGUGAGACCCUAAUCGACCAACAGCGAGACUGUAUCGACGCCGACAUCUGCAGUCUUUACGCUGACUGUGUCUACGAUGAUCAGGUUCGAGGCUUUCGCUGUGUCUGCGCCCAGGGAUACUCAGGUGACGGCCUCACCUGCACACGGGAGGGAGCGGCAGAGGGCUGCGAGACCUCCGCCGACUGCUCGGCCGAUGCAACCUGCAACGAGACUCCAGAGGGCAAGAGGUGCGAGUGCCAGCCGGGAUUUUCCGGCGAUGGCUACGUCUGCAGCGACCGACAGCUGCCUCCAUACCAACCCGAGGCACCCUACCAGCCGUACCAACCUUACCAGCCGGAGCAGCCGUACCAACCUUACCAGCCGGAGCAGCCGUACCAACCCUACCAGCCUGAACAGCCGUACCAACCCUACCAGCCUGAACAGCCGUACCAACCUUACCAACCGGAGCAACCAUACCAACCACAGGAACCACAACAGCCAUUAGAUGGUGGAGAGCAGCAUCCUGAGCCCGAGUGCCUCUUCGGUGUGUGUUGGUGCCCAGAUACCUACCAGUACGACAAAGACACUAACUUAUGCGUCGCUGGGGAGACGUCGGUAUCUCAAUCCGAGAGUUACGGCCCCAAACCCCACUGUAGCGCGGCGAAGUGCGUGUGUCCCGAGGGAUUCACCUACAGCCCUAUUUUCGAGAGCUGUGACCCGGACGAGAUCGAAUCACGGCCUCUCCCGUCGUGUUUCCUGGGCAGAUGUAGCUGUCCCAGAGGCUAUGCCUACGACGACCACUACCACCAUUGCCGGGCAGACCACACGCCAGGCUACGACUACUCCAUCAAAGGUGGUGGAGGCAGCCGACGCGUCCCAUGCAACAAGGUCAAUAACUGCCACAGCAACGCACAGUGUAUCUACGAUGGAUACAGUGACCAGUAUAGGUGUCAGUGUAAUGCUGGAUAUGAUGGUGACGGCUACUUUUGUAACGAACUGGAUGUAUCCUGCGAUACGGUGGAUAUUUGUCACAUUCACGCCCAGUGUGUUUAUGAUGACUACGAGCUCAAACACGUGUGUGUAUGUCUACCAGGCUACCAGGGUGACGGACUGGUAUGCACGCCGUUAGAUCAGUGUAGCAGUGUCCAGGACUGUGAUGUCAACGCCCAGUGCCUCUACGACAGUGCCAGUAGACGCUACAAGUGCCAGUGCAAUGAGGGAUAUGAAGGAGAUGGCACCUCUUGUUCUCCCAGAAGAGGUUGGCAUCUUCUCGCUAAACCCAAUACAAAUUUCUCCUUUCUUCAGGUGGGAUGCAACGUGGUCUAUAACUGCGGCGACAAUGCAGAGUGUGCAUAUGACAUCAACGUCUCCGGGUACAGGUGUUCUUGCAGAGAGGGUUUCGAAGGCGACGGCUACUUUUGCAGGUCGUCCAGGUCGUGCCAGGUAGAGCCGUCGGUAUGCCACCCUCAGGCCUCGUGUAUGCCCGACGCCCUCUCCCCCUUCGGCUACUCCUGCAGGUGUCGUAGUGGCUACACUGGAGACGGAUACAACUGCCAAGAGGCUCCCGACCACGAGAAGAACCUGCUGCUCAUCAACCAGGGGCUCUCAGUUCUCCGCAUGCCCGCCGACCCUCGCGCCGGCGGUGGGUUCCCGAUCCACGUGGAGCCUUUCAUGACGGCUGUCGGAGCGGACGUGGACUGCCUGCAAGGGAAGUACUACUGGACGGACGUUGGCUCGGCGUCCAUUAGGUCAUCGAAGUACGACGGUUCGGAGCGAAAGCCGGUCGUGUCGGGAGUUGACAUCGGUUCACCUGAAGACGUAGCAGUUGACUGGAUCUCAGGAAACGUUUACUGGACUGAUUCAGUGAACGACGUCGUCGCUGUGGCAUCAAUUGAAACAGGAAAGCGCAAGACAAUUAUUGAAAGUGGUCUGGUCAAUCCUCGAGGCAUUGCUGUACAUCCAGGUCGUGGCCUCCUCUUCUGGAGCGACUGGAACCGCUUCGGACCCAAGAUCGAGGUUUCGGGUCUUGACGGGUCGAACCGCCGUGUCCUCGUUGAGAAGGACAUCUCGCUCCCGAAUUCCCUUGUGGUUGACUACGACACGCAGACGCUGUGCUGGGCCGACGCGGGCACACACAAGAUCGAGUGCAUCGGCGUGGAGGGCAGUGGGCGGCGCACGGUGAUGGAGGGCGCCCUCUACCCCUUCGGCCUCACCACCCUCGGCCAGGACUUCUUCUACACGGACUGGAACGACACGAGGAUACACGUCGUCAACAGAUACUCUGGCAUCGAGUCCCCCUCCCGCCCCCCUCCCCCCGGUGGCUCAGGGAGGCUGUAUGGCAUCGCGGCCGUUCCUCACACUUGCCCUCCAGUAUCCAACGUCUGCGGAGCGAGUCAUGGCGGGUGCCCAGCUACCCACCUGUGCCUGCCCAAUGGCCGUGGUGGGCGUACGUGUGCCUGUACAACCCACCCACCUAGUGGCGAAGACGACCAGUGUGUCGACUAUAACUAUUAAGUGUUUUCCAGGCUCCAGCUGUUGGACGAGGCGACGCUAUCAACACUUGAGUUGCUGAAAAGCGUCGACUCUCGUUGAAACAAGAAAUUGAAAACAAUAACACGGAAUAACAGCUGCUUUUAUACAGUGAUCGGUAGAUAGGUUAUUUGCACAGAUGGACGUUGAAAAUCAGUAUAGUUGUAUUAUAGAUAUUUAGUGAUUUUUUUUUAGGGGGUAAAUUGAGCUAUCAUUUUUUGGGGAGGGAUCUUGAAUAUCUUGAGAAUGUGUUAAUUAACGAAUCAAUUAUUUUUCUGGGCUAACGGACUAUGUAUACAGAUCUAGAUCUUAUAUAUCAGGUUGUGAUUCGAAAAAAAAACUUUUAUCUUUGAAAGGAAAAAAAGUAAUGAUAAUAAUUGUUAGUUCUGAGAAUCCAAUAGAUGUUACUUAUUUAAUUUCUUUAACUGUUCAUCUUAUUAUUCGUGUUUAUAAGAAUAUUAAGAAAGAACAACGGAGCAUGGAAUGAUAUAUUUCACAGCUGAGAGAAUGUUAAUAUUUCCUUUAAACAUUGAAUUGAACAGCAGACAUUUGUGAAGUAAAAUCUAACACUGCCAAGGUAGAACAAUCCAUUUGAAAAGAACAUUGAACAUUUCCCUUAUAACGAAUUAGAGACAAUAGAAUAGGAACAAAGAUUUAGAACAAAAAGUUUUACAUGUGUUCAAUAUGUAUUAGAACGUUAAUUUUAAGUCCCACUGUGUUUUUUGCCAUUUGUAGAUAAAGGUUGGAAUGGGGACAAUUCCAGUUUGAGAAAUAUAUAACUGACCUUUCGAUAAUUACAUCAGAAUGAAUGUCGAAAUGCCAAGGACAUAUUUUUCGUUAUGGAAUUAAAGUUCUGAUUUUAAACCUUAUUGUUUCACGUCUUUUUUUCGCCGUAUGUUUACACACUAAAAGUGGUGCAGUUCUUAAUGUUGAAUUUCGUGGGAACGUGUCGAUGUUGUGAAGUCUUCCUUUUAUUGUUGUACUGUAAAAUUAAUUCUAAAAAAAUAAUGUUGCAUUACUAUUAGAGUACGGUAAAUGUAUUGAAGUUGAAACUAUGGACCUGUUUGCUAAUAAUUAAACAGCUGUACAAGCUAU